GUCACACUGUUGCGGCCCUGCCGCAAACAAAAAAAUGGCUGUGAUUUUUGCACGACUGGACACAAAUUUUGAAUUUUUGCAAUAUAAAAAGUGAAAUGCAAUCACACCAAGUGCCAAGUGCGCGACUGCGAAGAUGUUGAUGUUACGGGGGCUUCGGUAGACUUCAAAGCAGCAGCCAACAUCGGCGUAGGACACGAAAAUUAGUUCCCCCCAACCUCUCGCACACGAACACACACACGCACUCAGCACACACAAACUCGCAGACAGUUGUUAUUGGCAGACCAGACAGACAACAAGCCUUCCAAACAUAAUAUGGAAGGAAUGGACCUUUGGACAUCCAUGUUCUCGGCAGACUUUGAGGAGGGCGAGGAGGAGAUCGAGCAUUAUGCGAAUGAAAACGGCCUGGACAGCAAUCCUGCCGGCGACGGUGAUGACAUUCUGCCCGAGGAUGAUGAUAAUGAUGCGGAAGACGUUGAGGAGGAGGAGGAGGAGCCAACUGGCCGGGGUAAUGGAAAGACAAAAGAGCCCGAUUUAGAUGAUGAUGCCAUAUUUGAUUUCGAUCUGGAGCCGAUUGUAAGUAUUGGCGAGCCACAGCCCCCUCCACUGCUGGCGCCUACUGGUCCAGUUGGCUCACCAGUGCGUCCCAUGCUUCGCCACUCAAUGCAGGCCAGGCAGGGCCGGCCUAAGGAGGUGUGUCUGACGGGAGGGCUCACGCGGCCCACCACCUCGCAGAUCAAUGCAACCGAUGCGAACGGGAUUCCCAUAAACUAUGAGCUGGGCGUCAUCUAUAUCUGCCCCGCAUGCGGAGCAGAAUUCCGGCAGCAGGAUCUCUGGAAACGGCACAUGAACCAAAUGCACCAGUUCAACACGCGGCGUGGCCUUAACUUCAUGGCCAUGGACAAGCUCUAUCAUCGGUGCCUGGAGUGUAACAAGCGCAUCGCCAUGCACAGCCGGGAGAACCUGCUGAAGCACAAGUUCACCCACUUGCCGUUUAGGUGCACCAAGUGCUACAUCUGCAAGCGGGAGUACAAAUACAGACAAGACCUGAUGGUUCACCUGAGGAUGGUCCAUUGCGACGAAGUGGUGGCCAUGAUGCGGGAGGGCUUCAACUUGGCGGGACGCAAGACGCGGGUACGGGAGCCGCGCACAGAGCAAAUGCAGCGCAUGGAUCCGUUCCCAGAGAAGGACAAUGAGCAAAACGAUCUUCUCGAGCCGGAGACUGAGACUAUGCCACCCAUGCUGGAGGAGGAAGCUCCGCAGAGGCGUCGGAAAAAGCGCUACCAAGGAGGUCCCUCUGGCGACGGAGGUGCGGAUCUUUGCGAGGAUUACAUCCACUACAUGUGCCCCGAUUGCGGCACUGAGUGCGACACCCACGCCCAGUGGAGUCAACACAUUGAAUUUGUCCACGACUACGUCAGCCGCAGGGGUCUCAACUUCAUCAGCGUGGACAUGCAGAUGCAGUGCCUCGAAUGCAAGAAGAUUGUCAUCCCCAACACCAUUAAGACGCUGCGGGCCCACAAGUUCACGCAUCUGCCGCAGCCCGAGUGGCUGCGCUGCAAGCUGUGCUAUAAGGGCUACACGGAACACCACGAGCUGGUCAGUCAUCUGCUGAAGCAACACCACCUAGAGUCGCUCAUGCCAGAGGAGUCGCCGGAUCCAUCACCCGUCAAAAGGACAGAUGGUGGAGGCGACGACUGGGAGGACAAUGUAAACGGCAGCGUCCUCGAUGACGUUUCGCCGCACUUUGAGGAUGUACCCCGACGGGGAGGACGCAUCGGGAGCGAUGACAUGUACGAGCCACACAUCGACUACCUAUGUCCGCAGUGCGGCAAGGAGUUCAUCGAGAAGAAGCACUGGCGCACCCAUGUGGUGCAGGUGCAUGGCAUGAACGAUGUGACAAAGCUCAACUUUGCGAUAAUCAACGAUCGCCAGCUGAAGUGCACGGAGUGCUCCAAAAUCAUAACGAACGCCUACGGCAUACAGAAUGCCCAGCAGCACAGGAUCACGCACCUUCCAUUCAAGGCAUACGCCAGGUGUCGCAAGUGCCACAAGUCUUACACAGAUCGCAAGGGUCUGGUCAAGCAUCUGGCCACCUACCAUCGUGUGGGCUACGUUCCGCACAAAAAUUUCAAAAUGGCCGGACGAGGAGCCCGGCUGUUUGUGUCGCCCAAGCAGCAGCGCAAACAGAUUGUGACCCUGGGAAAAGAGACUUACGAGAUAAUCUUCCUUGAUGAAGAGCAGACGCACUCAAGUGUCGACGAGGAGAACGACUUUGGAGAGCAGAUGCAGAUGGCGGAUGAGGAGGACUUGCCCACUGUCAGUACCGACUUGCCGCCGCCCAAUCCGAAUCGCUACAAGUGCGUUGAGUGCGGAACAUUAUUCCCCACUCAAGUGGCUCUCAAGUUGCACAUCAGUGAGGCACAUACACAUGCGUUGCGGGAUCCCCCUCAGUACGGGGGAUCGAAGAAGUUGGACAAAUCCCAGGGCAAAGAGGAGGCAUCCAAGAAGAGGAGAUUAGGAGCGGGAUCAGCAGCAGCAUUAAUACCAUCACCAUCAGCGGCCACAAGUAGCCCAUCGCCGGGCACGGUAGAGCAGAACUACAUAUUCCUGUGCCCCUCGUGCGGCGAGGAGUACAAGACACAGUUCGAGUGGCGCCGUCACAUCAACGAGGCCCACAACUUCGACAAACGGCAGUAUCUGAAUAUGCGGCAGCUGGACAAGUACCGCUACCAGUGCACCCAGUGCAACGACAUUGUGUGCAACUCCAAGUUGAAGGGCCUGCAGGACCACCAUUUUCGGCAUCUGCCCUUCCGCCUGUACCUCAAGUGCCUCGUGUGCGGCACCUGCUAUAACCACAAGCCCAACAUAGCCGCCCAUCUGAGGACGCGGCACAACAUCUACGAGCGCGAAACGCCAUGGCGGGAGCUGCAAACCAAGCCCCAGUACUCGUAUGUUCAGUCCAAGGAGAAAGACAGGGGUACGGUCGCCAAAAGCAGGCCACAAUCACCCUCGCCCGCAGUUGUCGCCUCUUCCUCCGGCUCCAGCGCCAGCAGUCGCCCGCUCUGGCCGCAGUCCGAGAAGCGUCCCACUCGGCCGGCCGGACUUAACACCCUGGAGGACAGCAUCUCAUACCACAAUGCGGUGGACAUGGACUUCAUCACCUACUACUGCCCCAAGUGCAACAAGAAUUUCGACUCUCAUGCCUUCUGGCGCAAGCACAUCGUGGAGCAUCACAACUUCAACAGUCGCGAGGGCCUAAACUUCCGGCAGAUCGACAUCCACCACUACUUGUGCCUGGAGUGCUACAAGCGUGUCACCGUCACUCAUACCAAGGGCGCCAUCGGGCAGCUCCAGUCGCACAAGUUCCGCCACCUGCCGUACCGCUCCUUCAAGUGUCUCACCUGCAACGGAGAGUUUGUCCGCAAGCAGAUGUUCUUCAAGCAUCUUAAUCGGGACACCAAUCGGUGCGACAACAAGCCCAGCGCCGAAAAGGUGUUUGAUGACGAGGAUCAGGAAACGGGUGGCGUUGCCUCCGCCGAAGAUGAAGACGUAGAAGCAUCAGCCUAUCGGCUAAUGUGCCCCCAGUGCGGCGACGACUUCACCACCAGCAGCCAGGCGGCAUGGCGCAACCACCUUAACGUUGCCCACGGCCUGGGCAAGCAGCCUCUGCAUAUUCGGAAGGUGGGCGAGGGGCUCUACCGCUGCUACGACUGCGACGAGGAGUUGGCUACGAAGAGCAAGGGUGUCCUGCAGCAGCACCGCUUCAAGCAUAUGCCCCAUGCAGCCUACAUUCAUUGCCAACUUUGCGAGAGCGGGGCGGAUGAGAAGGCGGCUGAAGUGCACAGCAUGCAGGAGUUACAUCAUCACAUCCGCGAGCACCAUCCUGCCGUGGAAGAGAGUGACGAGAGGCUGCAGAAGGUGCGCCAACUCAUAGACGAGGAGGGGACCGACGAGGACAGUGAGACACCAGCAAACAGCGACAAUGGAUCUGGCUCGACGGCAAACAAUGGUCCGUAUAUGCCGCUACCGCCGCAUUUACUGGAUGAGGAUGAUGAUUUGGAUUUUGAGGAUCAAUAUCUGCUGGGAUAGGGUGCAUCACUCACAACCACACCUGCCAACAAAUCCCACUGUCCCCAAAAACGUGAUCUUCCAGUGGUCAACCGAAUAAUCGAGUCUCUGAAGGACAGCUGUUUCAUGAGAUUAAGCAAAGUAUUCUUAGACAUUACCCAAUAGACACCGUCUAACACCUAGCUCCACUCAUACUCAUAGUUUAGUUUUAAGUUUUAAGAAACCCACUCACUUAAGUAGUUGUAAAUCCUGAAACCUAUUUAUUUCAAUGACAUUUUCAAGACUAAAAUAAUUUAACUACAUACAUAUGUACAUAUUUAUACGCUUCCGUGUCCACGCUCUCUGGACUGAUCAGGAAUUAGUCAGAAAAAAGCGUUUCCAAUGCAUACCACACGCUCCCUCUGAGUAAACUCUUUGUUUUAAUAAUGUUAAUAAAUACGCCAUUCACUUCGA